AUGCGUGACAUAGUGACAGUACCAUAUGAAUUAAUUCGAAAUACAUCAGACGAUCAAAAAUCACUUGAAAUAGCAGAAGAGGCCACCCUGAGCAGUGAAAAUAAUCAUGAUCUGAAAGAAAUGUUUAAUGAUAUGAAAGAAGAUUUGGACGAAGAAACUGAUAUUUUAUCUCUGGGUGAUUUGUUAGCACAAAUGGUAGAAUUUAGUAAAGCCAAAAAGUAUUUUGAUAAAGUGUUAACUGAAUUGCCCCAGGUUGAUCUGAAUCUAGCAACAUGUUAUGGUUGGCUUGGUACAACCGCGUAUUAUCACGGUGAUAAUGCUUGUGCAGUGAUAAAUCAGCAAAAAGCUCUUAGUAUAUUACUACCACAACAUCCUCAUCGAGCAGUUGAACACAAUAACAUCGGUAAUAUAUAUUUGAACGACGAUAAUUUAGAUGGUGCUCUUGAACACUACAGACUAGCGUUAGGCAUUCGUCUUCGAUUUUAUGGCUCAGAGCAUAUUAACACGGCAACUGUAUACAAUAAUAUAGGUGCACUGUAA